GUUCUUGCGGUGUCAGGUGCCCCGUAUGUCUCUGUGGUGCUGUCGGGAUCUCCCUCCAGCGCGUUAGUGUCUCUGAGUUGGUUCCGCGCCCGUUUGGUGCGGCUGGGGCCGGAGAUCCCCGGCAGGAGCCAACAAUGCCGAGAAAAAGAUGCACAAGACCCACAAUAUUAAAUUCUUCAGAAAAGAAAACCAGGAGACAAAUUAUUGAUAAAAGAGUGGCGUACACAAGGAUAUACUUGGGGAAUCAAAUUGGCCGAUGGCUGACCUUAAGGGAAAAACUGGAUUUCAAAAGAGACACAGACCUGGCAGGAUUUUUGCUGGAUCUCUAUGACCAUGAUGAUCCAUUACCUGAAGAAGUAGUAGUCUCCUUACCUGAAAAUAUGAGAAUCGUAACUGCAAAAGAAGAAGGAGAUUUACAUGAUGACUCCUUCAGCUGUUGGAAUAUGUGACAGUGAGGACCGACUGACUGCAGAAUCAGCCUGUUCUUUACCACAAAGUAGGGGAUUCAGAACUGUGAAAGAAGAGAGGCAUUUGCAGGAUGAUUCCUCUUCAGUACAGACUGAUGAAAAAUAAGUCAGUAUUCAUACAAUAAGACUUCCUGGUAUUCAGGUGAAGAUUCUCCUAUUGGCUCUGAAUCUGACCUUUCAGAAAGCUUACAAUGUCAUUACCGGCAAAGAGAUGCGGUAGACCCCCUGUAUUGUCCUGCUUGGAAAAGAAAAAGAGGAAGCAAAGUCUCGACAGAAGAAGAGGGAAAACAAGAAUCUAUGUGGGAAAUCAUAUUGAUAGAUGGUUGACACUUAAGGAAAAGUUGGAUUUCAGAAAUGAUGCAGAAGUUGCAGGAUUUUUACUAGAUUUAUAUGACAACUGUGACCCAUUGUCAAAAGCAUCAAUAUGUUCCCUGCCUGAAGAUGUGAGAAGAAUUACAGUGAAAGGGGAAAGAGAGUUGCCAGAUGACACUUCUUUAAUAGCAGCGGAUGGAACCUAUGACAAUGAUGACCAGUUAUCUAAAGAAUCUAUUUGUUCUGGACCCGAAGAUGUAAGAAUCAUAACUGUGAAAGAAGAGAGGGAUUUGCCCGAUGACUGUUCAACAGAGACUGAUGACACAUGUACUUUCAGGUUUCCCAGCACAAACAUCAAGAUAACAUUCACAGCUCUGUCCAAUGAAAAGAGAGAAAAACAGGAGUCCCCAGAGUCUCCAGUGAAACCUGUGCAACCCCAGAUUUCUCCCUUAACAAUAAACAUUCCAGACAACAUGGCUCACCUGAUCAGCCCUCUCCCUUCUCCCACAGGAACUAUCAGCGCUGCAAAUUCCUGCCCAUCUAGCCCGCGUGGUGCAGGCUCUUCAGGGUACAAAAUGAGUCGUGUAAUACCAUCUGAUCUACAUUUAAUGGCUGACAAUCCACAGUCAGAAAAUGACAAGGAAGCAUCCGGUGGUGAUAGCCCAAAGGAUGACUCAAAACCACCUUAUUCCUAUGCACAACUAAUAGUACAAGCAAUUACAAUGGCACCUGAUAAGCAGCUUACACUAAAUGGAAUUUAUACGCACAUAACUAAAAACUAUCCAUACUACAGAACAGCAGACAAGGGCUGGCAGAAUUCAAUACGCCACAAUCUCUCUCUGAAUCGUUAUUUCAUCAAAGUACCACGUUCCCAGGAAGAACCAGGCAAAGGCUCAUUCUGGAGGAUAGAUCCUGCCUCUGAAAGCAAAUUAAUAGAGCAGGCUUUUAGGAAAAGGCGGCCUAGGGGAGUACCUUGCUUUAGAACCCCUCUGGGACCACUCUCUUCUAGAAGUGCCCCAGCGUCGCCUAAUCAUUCUGGAGUGUUGUCUGCCCACUCCAGUGGCGUACAGACCCCAGAGAGUUUGUCAAGGGAAGGAUCUCCCGUCCCAAUGGAACCUGAGCCUAGUGCUAUCCAGCCAAAAUUAGCAGUAAUACAAGAAGCACGAUUUGCACAGAGUGCCCCAGGAUCACCUCUAUCUAGCCAACCUGUUUUAAUUACUGUACAACGGCAGCUACCACAAACUAUUAAACCCGUCACCUACACUGUUGCAACACCUGUGACAACAUCAACAUCCCAGCAGCCUGUAGUUCAGACAGUUCAUGUUGUUCACCAGAUACCAGCUGUGUCAGUCACAAAUGUGACUGGAUUAGCACCAGCAAACACUUACACGGUAGCUGGACAGGCAGUGGUUACACAAGCUGCAAUGAUAACCCAGCCCAAGGUGGAACCUCAAGAGAAUGGAGACCACAAGGAAGUAAAAGUUAAAGUGGAACCUAUACCUGCUAUUAGCCAUGCUACAAUAGGAGCUGCUAGUCGUAUCAUUCAGACAUCUCAGACCACGCCCUUACAGACAGUUACUAUAGUCCAACAGGCACCUCUUGGUCAACACCAGCUACCAAUAAAAACUGUAACGCAGAAUGGAACACACAUAGUACCUAUCACCACAGCGAUACAAGGACAGGGCAACACUGCUGCUGCAAGUCCUUUGCAUAUGUUAGCAACCCAUGCAUCCGCAUCAGCAUCUCUUCCAACAAAACGCCAUAAUGGAGACCAGUCAGAACAACAAGAACUUAAACGUAUCAAAACAGAGGAUGGAGAAAGCAUAGUCAUAGCUGUUAAUGUGGACACCCCAUCUGUUGCAGUGAGUGAUCAAGGCAGCCAGAACUAGAAGCGUAGUGGAGUUUUUUCUUUUUUCUUCUUUUUUUUGGGGGGGGGGGGGGGAGGGGGGGAAUCAACUCCAUGGUGCCAAAAGGAGACACUUAAAUAUAACACCUAAAACAUUGGAACAUGUUCUCAUGCAGUGGGGAAAGGGGCCCUGUGAUCAGACUUCAACUUUCAGCACUGAAAAAACAACACAGAUGGCCUUAAAACUCAGUAAUUUAAAAAAAUCAAACUGCAAAACAUCUUGUUCCAGAGGCUGUGACCCUGUUCCUCCCCACCCCCUACUGAACUAACUCUGUGUACACUGAGGAGAAAUCCAGUGUUGGGGAGGUCUGCAGCUUUAUAAAAUCUUUAUUGGAUUAUUUUAAGGACUGAUUAUCUCAGUGUAACGGCAGCAUGAUAAGCGCUUAGUGUGAACUGGUUUCAAACGAUUGUAUAUUCCUUAAAGGGAACAGAGGCAAGGAGCCAUUUCCUACAUCUUGGCAGCUAGCCUUUCAUAAUGACCUACCCAAUGCAGUUGUUGGUAGAUAUGCAGUAUUUUGUUGUUCACAUGUGGAAUUAGAAAUUUUUGAGGUGUAUUUUCAUUUCUUUGCAAAAUAAUGGGGUCUUUGACAUUUCAAAUCACUCCAUUUCUACUCCGGAAACUUUGGAAUCACACAAUACUUUUCAUGUGAAAUUUUGUUUAGUAAAAAACUGAAUGUAGGGUUUUUUAACCAAUGGAAUGAUUUACUUUUGUCUGUCCUGUUAAAGUUCAGAUAAAGCUACUUUAUUACAUCUGCAAAUUUUCAUAUUUUAGCAGUUGCCUGAUAAAUUUAAUCAAAUUUUAUUACCAUGUGUAGUGAUCAAAUGCUUCUUCGGGCUUGCAUGUAACUGAUUAGAAAUUACAAUGUAAAUGAGCCGUUAACUGACGUAAAGAACUGCUAUGAAUUUGACCAGAGCUGCACUUACCUGUUUCUCUUUCUUGCUACCUUUUGCUGUUUGUUACUUUGUGUUGACUUUGACUGUCCCUGGCGCAUUUUUCCAGUCUAAAGUAAAACAAGAGUCUCGCUUAAUAUUGUGUAUGUUUAAGAUAACAGACUGUUCUUCAUUUAGAAAAGAUAAAAUUCUUUAUCACAAGUCCUUUUAAACAGAGAGUAAAAAUUAUCUUCUCAGAGGUAUAUUAAGUAUUUUUAAGCUUAAGCACCCACCUAUAGAAAUUAAUCUGACCAGUUUAUCCAUAAAACUUUUGAUGUCAUACACUGACCCUCUGGGGUCUCCAUUAAGAGUAGCUGUUGUGGUUUUCUAACAGUGGCUACCAUAUUAUUAUGAUAAAAGUUGGGUUUUUUUUUAAAAUGUGUGUUCUGCGGUUGAACAGUUUAAAAUGUAUUGGUAAUUAUUCACUUUAAUUGUGGUAAUAGAUUCCACCUUACAUUUCCAAAUUAAACUAAAAGUUUAGGCUGCUGUUCAGUCUUUAAUUCAGAUAAGGUCUUGUUCCUUCUAUAGUGAGGUGAGUGGAGGCUGGAGAGUGGGCUUAAACUUUGAAUUCCAGUUUGUUACUUUCUGUUAUUAUCAUGCAAUUAUUUAUAUAAAUAUUUGUUUUCCAUUUCAAAAAAGAAAAAUCUGUAUUUUCAUGAUGGACUGAAACGGCUUAUAUUUAGGCAGCUUUAGAAAACUCUAUUUACCUGAAGACCAAAUUGAGAAAUCUGUGCUGAGUAUCAUGUUAAUCCACAAAAUGGAGCUGUUACAAUGUCAAUGCAGAUAAUACAUAUUAAAAAUUGUGAAAAACACUGUACACUAGCUGAGUUUAUAAGAGGCAUUUUUAAAAAAUCCAUGAUGUAAAACUCCAGAAUGAUAUUCAAAGUGUUAAUGGGAGUUUUAAAAAAAAAAUUGAGAACAAUAAGCGUUCCUUGAUAGUAAUCUGGUUUUUGUUAUUGGACACUUUAUAAUUUAUACACAGCCAUGUAGAUUUAAUUUAAAAUCAAGGCAGUAGCUGGAUAUAAACCUAGUGAUUAGAACUUGGUUUAUAUUCAGAAGUAAAUCUAUUCACAACUAGAAAUGAGUGAAUGAGUUAAAUCUUUUUAAUAAAUGUUAAAUUAUUCAAAAAAAUCACUAAAUUAGUCUAACAUUUACUCCCAAGUGUGUUUAUGAAGUGUUCAUGUAGGUCUGCUGCUUGUCAGUUUAUACUGGCAAUGCCAAUAUAGCUGCUAAUAGCAGAGCAAGUGGUGACUUGGUCCUGAAUGUUUAAGCAGAAAAAGGCUGUGCUGGCAAACUGUUCCUGAUCCUGCUAGUAUGGAACAGAUUUGGUCCUGUCUCUCUCAUACCCUGAAGGCUCUGCAAGUGGAAAUUUGGUAGCAGAUCUUGAUUGAAACCAUUUUGAGCUGCAUGGAAUUUGUCACAGGAAGUUGCCUUCAUUAAUGUAUGGGUUUCCAAGCAAUCUUUAAAAAUACUCAAGUAAAAAAUGCAUAACUUCUUCCACGGAUGCAGUACAGGAUUUAACUACUUAAAAUUCAAACCUAAAUGAAUUGAGAAUGUCAGAUUAUUUUUAAAUUGAACUGUUCCUUCGGUAGUUUAAUAUAUUAUACUCUCCUUAAUGUCAAACACGUUUGGGGGUAGAAAGCACCUAGAUGAUACGAUGCAUUUGGUGAGAUUCUGCAUUUACAACAGUGCUUCUCUUGAUAUGGUCCUGAUGACCUUACUGAGUCAGAGUAGAAUCUUACAGCCACCUUGCUUUUGCUUUGACUGAUCAAAAACUUCCCCAAAUGUGCCAUAAAUGUGGGGCUUUGGCCUCCCUCUAAUAUUGAUUGGCCUCUGAUCCAAUUGCCUCUAUGACUGUGAUGUACUGUAUUACGCUAACUACCUUCCCUUGGAUUCCUUCCAGUGUCCAUCUCUCCUUUUUAACCCUGCUUUUAUGAAAAAGGCUGUGAAAGAGUCUAAUAUAAGCAACCCAGCUUGUAGUACUCUAAAUGGGAUUUGACCAAAGCAUUUUAUAACUUCCCACCUUCCUUAGAGAUUGUUUACAAUUGGCUCUUUGCUGAUUCAGAUAUGAAAGAUUAACGUGUUCACUAGCACCCA